AUGUCCUGCAGCGUAGACGGACUGCCGGCGGGGUGUAGACUCCGGGGCAUGGGCUCUACCGUUCAGAGUGGUCCACUUAAUUCGUCUUUGAGUGGGGCGCAAGAAUCAAGCAACAAUGUCGUGCCGUUACAGCGAGCGCCAUCGCAGAAACCGUGCUGUUUCUGCUGGUGCUGCUGCUGUUCCUGCUCCUGGGCUAAAUGUUUGGCUAUAAAAAAUGCAGAAGACAAUGGGCCUACGAAAAAAGACCAAGCUAGUUCCGAUACCCUAUUCGAUGGUGAACAACCAACGCUAGAGGAGAUACGCAGCUGGGGCAAAAGCUUCGACAAACUAAUGCGAAGCCCCAGCGGGCGGAAAGCGUUCCGGGAAUUUCUGCGCUGCGAGUACAGCGAGGAAAACAUACUCUUCUGGCUGGCCUGCGAAGAGCUGAAAAAGGAGACGAACCCGGAAGCGAUAGAGGAGAAAGCUAGGUUUAUUUAUGAAGACUAUAUCUCGAUUUUAUCGCCGAAAGAGGUAUCGUUAGACUCGCGUGUAAGGGAAAUAGUUAAUAGAAAUAUGGUGGAACCAACGCCGCACACGUUCGACGAAGCUCAACUACAAAUUUAUACACUUAUGCAUAGAGAUUCGUACCCGAGAUUUAUAAACUCUCCUCAGUUUAAAACGUUGGCCCAAAUUCCAGAGGGAGUGUCCGCGUCCGGUUCGACGGCAGAAAGUCCGAGCAAUUAG